ACGACACGACCACCAGGUGAUAAGACCCAUGCAUGCUUGUUUUCCACGUGUGGUACGUCGCUUGCACUCUGUAGUCGAUUGAAAACUUUUUUGUGGCAACUUGUAGUUCUUGCACCUCUUCGAAAAUGAAGGACAAGGCUUCUACAAUCAAAGCCAAAGCGAAGUGGAAGCCAGUAAAGUUCGACGAGGAAGAGCUGAACGAUUUAGAAUUUGAGGGGUUCACUGCUCUUGAGGAGCUAACAGACUACGAGAUCGUCAAGGAAGGGAGGCCAACGUUGUCUCGGCGAGAAAAGUCAGUAAAGGAUUCCACAAAGAAAAAACGAAAGCGGCAGGGAGCUGAAAAGCCUUCGAAACGAAAAAAGCAGGAUCUCGAAGACGUAGAAAAUGAUCUCUCUGUCGAACCAAACAUGGACGAGGAGGUUAGUGAAACCGCAGAUGAUGUUGACAUGUCAGCCUGGCUUAAUUGCUUUGUACCGCCAGCAGUGCUGAAAGCACUAGGAGAGCUCAAAUUUACUAAACCAACGCAAAUCCAAUCCCUCACUCUUCCUUCUGCGAUACGAGAUCACAUGGACAUUAUGGGGGCAGCAGAAACUGGCAGCGGUAAAACCCUCGCCUUUGGCAUCCCAAUCAUUCACCACAUCCUUGAGCAGAAGUCUCGAGUAACGGCUGACGCAAAGUCGAAACCCUUGUAUGCGCUUAUUUUAACGCCCACGAGGGAACUGGCAAUACAGAUAAAUGCUCAUCUGAAGGCCAUUGCCAAGUACACAAGCAUUAGGAUUGUUAAUGUCAUAGGUGGACUGUCAAUGCAAAAGCAGAUCAGACUUUUAAAGAGACGACCUGAAAUUGUUGUGGCAACACCAGGUCGCCUGUGGGAACUCAUUGAGAUGAACACUCCACAUCUAACAAAAAUCGAAAACAUCCGCUACCUCGUAAUUGACGAAGCAGACAGAAUGGUCGAGAAGGGACAUUUCGAAGACCUUUCCAAGUUACUGGCGCUCAUAAAUGCGAUGCCGAGCGAAGGGGAAAAGCGAAGACGUCAGAAUUUCGUUUUCUCCGCAACACUGACUCUCGUUCAUGACAUGCCGGAUCGGCUCAAAAACAGGAGGAGGAAACGCAAGUUAACAGAGAACGAUAAGCUAGAGAAGCUGAUGCGGAAGAUUGGUGUGAGUGCCAAACCAAAAGUCGUCGACAUCACGCGCAAACUCGGGACGGCCGAAACUCUGUCAGAAUCCCGUCUCAUGUGCCCGUCGCUGGAAGAGAAGGACAGCCGCCUCUAUUAUUUCCUUCUCGCACAUCCUGGGAGGACGAUUGUUUUCUGCAACAGCAUCGACUGCGUACGUCGUCUACGGUCCGUCCUCGAACAUUUAAACUGUUCUCCUCUCCCGCUGCAUGCCUCUAUGGCACAGAGACAACGACUGAAGAACUUGGACAGGUUUCGAACAAAUCCAACUGGCCUUCUCCUGGCCACUGACGUUGCCGCUCGCGGUCUUGAUAUUCAGGGCAUCGAACAUGUAGUCCACUUUCAAGUACCACGUACAGCUGAAGUUUACAUUCAUCGCAGUGGCCGGACUGCACGUGCAAAGACGGCCGGACUCAGCGUCAUGCUCGUGGAGCCCAAAGAGCUGGCAACGUACAGAAAAAUAUGUCGUACAUUAAACAGAGAGGAAGAUCUUCCUGAAUUCCCGCUUGACGUCGACAUCUUGAAUUCCGUGAGAGAAAGGGUAUUGCUGGCGCGCAAACUUGAAUCCGAAGAACACAAGGUUCGGCGACGUAACUACGACAACAACUGGUUCCAACGUGCUGCGGAGGAGAUGGAUAUUGAGGUUGAUGAGAUCUUGCUGGACAAGCGCGGGGAGAAAGAGACGGCAGACGACAAGCGAAGGUUAAGCGUCAUGCAGGCACAGUUGGCAAAGGUUUUGAAAAGACCACUUUUCCCUUCCGGAUUUUCGGGCAGGUAUUUGACGCAGCACGGAGAGCUGAAGCUCCCGAAAGCAGUGGGAGAGGAAAGAGCAGUAGAUGCUGUUGAACGUGCUGCCGAGAAGAAAAAGAAAUGGAGCAAGAAAGUGAUAAGUACGAAGCUAAGUGAAAAUGCCUUGAAGGUGAAGCAGAAGUUGAGGAGAAUAAAAAAGAAGAAACAGUUGAAAGAUGGUGGAGAAUGAUUCAAAGUGAAAUACUAUUUAAAGUGCUGAAUAGUGUGCCAUGAACGGAAGUGUCAGUGAAAAAUGUUGGUGGCGAUAAAAAGGAAUAAAUUACUUUUUAAUGUAUAAUU